AUGGACGUUCGCCGGCGUCCGAUCAAGCAUCAAUCGCACCACCGAUCGGUGAAAUCACAUACCGCCGGCGAACUUCUAAAACCCCACAACCAACCAAAAGCCUCCGACGCCCUCCCACUCCCACUUUACCUUACCAAUGGCCUCUUCUUCACUAUGUUCUUCUCCGUCAUGUACUUCCUCCUUCAUAGAUGGCGUGAGAAGAUCCGUAACUCCGUCCCUCUUCAUGUCGUCACCUUGUCGGAACUCGCCGCCCUUGUCUCCCUCGUCGCCUCAGUCAUCUACCUCCUUGGCUUCUUCGGCAUCGAUUUCGUGCAAUCUGUUAUCCGUCCUUCACCUGAUUCGUGGGAAAUUGAAGAUGAUAAUUCAGAUCAACUCAUGAUCGACGACGAUAAGCCUGUUAAGCCAUGCGGGCAAGCCUUGGUUCCCCACAUUAUGCCCACGACGGAUGUGGCUGAAAGCGUCGUGGAGAAGAAGAAACCACCACCCGCCAUUGAACACACAUCGGAGGAAGAUGAGGAAAUAGUGAAAAUGGUGGUCGCAGGUUCAGUUCCGUCGUAUUCCCUCGAGUCAAAACUCGGAGACAGCAAAAGGGCGGCAGCAGUACGACGGGAGGCUCUUCAGAGGAUCACCGGGAAAUCUUUAUCCGGGUUGCCUCUUGAAGGGUUUGAUUACGAUUCCAUUUUGGGGCAGUGCUGUGAGAUGCCGGUGGGGUAUAUUCAGAUUCCGGUAGGGAUUGCAGGGCCAUUGCUAUUGAAUGGGGCGGAGUUUUCCGUUCCAAUGGCGACGACGGAGGGGUGUCUUGUUGCAAGCACCAACAGAGGAUGCAAAGCUAUCUAUGUCUCCGGUGGCGCCACCUGUAUGCUGCUGAGAGAUGGGAUGACAAGGGCGCCGGUGGUGAGGUUUGGCAGCGCAAAGAGGGCGGCGGAGUUGAAGCUGUUCUUGGAAGAUCCGUUGAAUUUCGACACUCUUGCCGUUAUGUUUAACAAAUCAAGCAGAUUUGGAAGACUACAAAGCAUACGAUGCGCAAUCGCCGGCAAAGAAUCUUUACAUAAGGUUGGAACAGUUGGAGGGGGUACCCAACUGGCAUCACAAGCAGCAUGUUUGAACUUAUUAGGUGUCAAAGGUGCCAGUAAAGAUGAACCAGGGUCAAACGCAAGGGUGUUGGCCACCAUAGUAGCUGGCUCAGUUCUUGCAGGUGAGCUCUCUCUCAUGUCAGCGAUUGCAGCAGGUCAACUUGUGAAGAGUCAUAUGAAAUACAACAGAUCUACCAGAGAUAUGUCCAAGUUAGCCUCCUCUUAG